CAACAUUUUAUUAGUCAUCACAUCGUUUCAACAUGGCGGCGACCAGGAGAGUUUUCAGCCCAAUAGUGGUGGCUGCCAGGGUUGGUAUAAGACACUGUUACACUGGCACAAGAAGUAAUUUGGCUAUCAACAAAAACACAAAGGUCAUAUGUCAGGGAUUCACAGGGAAACAGGGUACUUUUCACAGUCAACAAGCCAUAGACUAUGGGACACAAAUGGUUGGUGGAGUCUCACCUGGUAAAGGGGGCCAAACCCAUCUAGGAUUACCAGUGUUUAACACUACAAAAGAGGCAAUGGAAGCUACUAAUGCAGAUGCUUCAGUAGUGUAUGUGCCUCCCAAAAUGGCUGGUCAGGCCCUGGUGGAUGCUAUAGAUGCAGAGGUGCCUCUAAUUGUCUGUAUCACAGAGGGAAUCCCACAGCAGGAUAUGGUCCGCGUAAAACACAAACUCCUACGCCAAAAUAAAUCCAGACUCAUUGGCCCUAACUGUCCCGGAAUCAUUAAGCCUGGCGAGUGUAAAAUAGGAAUCAUGCCCGGUCACAUUCAUCAAAAAGGAAAAAUAGGUAUCGUGUCACGUUCAGGCACGCUGACUUACGAGGCAGUGCACCAGACAACACAAGCUGGACUCGGCCAAACUCUAUGUGUUGGGAUUGGUGGAGAUCCUUUUAAUGGCACAAAUUUUAUUGACUGCUUGGAGGUCUUCCUUAAUGAUCCAGAUACAGAAGGAAUUGUGCUGAUCGGUGAGAUUGGCGGUCAGGCAGAAGAAAAGGCAGCUGAAUAUCUUAAAAACUACAACUCUGGACCUAAUGCUAAGCCAGUUGUGUCUUUUAUCGCUGGUUUGACAGCUCCUCCUGGCCGUCGUAUGGGUCACGCUGGAGCUAUCAUCGCAGGAGGUAAGGGAGGCGCAGAGGAGAAAAUUGAGUCCCUAAAAUCUGCAGGUGUUCAUGUCAGCAUGUCUCCAGCUCAACUAGGUACCACAAUGCUCCAGGCUAUGAACAAAUAGCAGUGAUUAGUUGUAAGUUGCCGGCUAUGGGAUUGACCCUGGAAUCUUAGUUCGCAGAAGCAACACUGAUAUGAUACCUAGCAGAAACAUAGCAAUGAUGUGAUUGACUGUUUCAUUAAUUUUAUUCUGAUUUAUCCUGUGCGACAGUUUCGAAGGACUAGUGAGGCACCUAUUCGUGAUUGGUUUUAUUGUGUGAUAGGUGACUAAAACGGAAAAUAGCCGACAUAUGACCGUUGAUAUACAUUAUUAAAGUUAUCCAGAUAUAAAAGAAAUU